AGAGGAAAACUCAGCUGAUCCCACCAUAGAUAGAACUUAAAUACCCGUGACCACCACUACCGCUACAUAUUGUUGUGAUCAAUCAUGUGUUUAAACUUUAAAACCACCUGAAUUUCAAUUUACAGUAGCAAAACAAAACAACCCUUAUUUGAUUGCAGACACCUUCGUCUUCCCCACAAAUACUUUCCAUCACUUCACUUGAAUCAAUGUCCACCAUUUCCAACAACCAACCACCACCACCCCCUAACAAAAACCCUUCAACAAAACCCCCAAAUUUCUCCCAAAUCUCAUCCAAAGUGUCACUAAAACCCACCACACCAAAACCCCCUCUACUUCACCAAGGCCAUAUAGAAAACAUCCACUUAAUUUCCUUAUCCAAACAAGGCAAAACCCAACAAGCAUGGGACUUCAUUACACAAAUGCACACAUCCAAUGUUUCUGUACACCUUCAAUCAUACGAUUUCUUGCUCAAAACCUGUGCCGACUUCGGCCAUCUAUCAACUGGGAUGCUGGUUCAUCAUCAUAUGAAAAGCUUUUAUAAAUCCCCACCUGUUUAUAUCCAGAAUCGUGUGCUUGAAAUGUGCUGCCGAUGUGGGAGUUUAGUGGAUGCACGCCAGAUGUUCGAUGAAAUGUCUGAGAGGAAUUUGGUGUCGUGGGGUAUGAUUAUAUCCGCGUAUGCCAAGGCGGGGCGUGUAAAGGAAGCUGCGAAGUUGGUUUCGUCGAUGGAGAGUGUUAAACCGGAUGUUUUGAUUUUUGUAAGCGUUUUGCAGGCGUUGGUUGACUCUUCGGGUAUAUGGCUUGGUAAGCAGAUACAUUCGAUUGUGAUCAAGCAUGGGUUUAUUGGUGAUGUGAAAAUGGGUACUGCGGUGUUGAAUAUGUACGCCAAGUGUGGGUGGUUAGAGGGUGCGAAACUAAUUUUUAAUCAGAUGAACGAGAAAAACGUUGUAGCGUGGACCUCGUUGAUGGUUGGGUACAUGAAAGUCGAGAAGAGUGUAGACGUUGUAGACUUGUUUUUUGCUAUGAUCAACGAAGGCAUUGAGUUGGACGAAUAUGUGUUUUCGAUUACCCUAAAGGCUUGUGCUGCCUUGAAGAACAAGGAAAUUGGGCGACAAAUUCAUGCAUACGUGUUGAAGCUCGGGAUGGCACAUGAAGUUUCGGUUGGAACGCCACUUGUGGACUUGUAUGUGAAAUGUGCAAGUAUAGAAUCCGCUUCUCGAGCAUUCAAUUACAUAUCGGAACCAAAUGCGUUCUCUUGGAGUGCGUUAAUCACAGGGUAUUCACAGGCCGGUGAGUUUGACGAAUGCUUAAAAAUAUUCAAGAAUUUGAAAAGUAUGGAUGUCGAGUUGAAUUCGUUCAUUUACACUAGCAUCUUUCAAGCAUGUUCAGCCAUUACAGAUGUUAGUCUCGGGUCCCAAGCCCACGGGGAUGCUAUAAAACGAGGUCUUGUUUCUUAUCUAUACGGAGAGAGUGCCAUGAUUACCAUGUAUGCGAAAUGUGGCAGGUUAGAUGACGCCCGUCAAGUAUUUGAAUCCGUUCAAAAACCAACCGAUAACGUUAUUUGGACUGCUAUAAUCGCUGGUUAUGCUUACCAUGGUAACGCCCCCGAGGCCCUACGACUUUUUAAUCGUAUGCUUUCUUGUAAUGUGAGGCCAAACGCGAUAACGUUUGUAGCCGUUUUAACCGCGUAUAACUAUUGCGGCUUGAUCGAAGAAGCCAAACAGUGUCUUGAUUCCAUGAGUAGGAAGUAUGGUAUGGAACCAAGUAUUCAUCACUAUAAUUGUAUGAUCGAUAUAUACGCACGUGGUGGGCUGUUAGACGAAUCAUUCGCGAUGAUAAAAAGCAUGCCGUUUGAGCCCGAUGUCAUGAGCUGGAAAUGCUUAUUAGGGGGCUGUGCGGUUCAUAAAAACUUCAAAAUGGGGAAAUUAGCAGCUGAAAACGUUUUGCUAUUUGAUCCGAAUGAUACGUCGGCUUACGUUCUCAUGUUUAACUUGCACGCGUCUUCUGGACAGUGGGAAGAAGCGGGUCGGGUUAGAAAGUUAAUGUCUCAAAAAAACUUGAGAAAAGAGGUGAGUUGCAGCUGGAUGUAUGUUAACGGUAAAGUGCAUAGUUUUGUUGUGGGAGAUAGACAUCAUCCACAAGCGAAUGAAAUUUACACAAAGUUAAAGGAGUUUGAUCACUUGAAAAACGCUAAACGGGAAGUGUUGUUGAGCGCAGAAGAAGUUGGAGGUGAUGGUGUUUUGUCGGAACGUAAGGAACAACUUCUUGACCAUAGCGAACGACUUGCCAUUGCUUAUGGUCUUAUUUCAACGGGUAAGGGAUCACGUAUAACGAUCUUUAAGAAUCUGCGCGCUUGCAAAGAUUGCCAUGAGUUUGCAAAGCAUGUAUCGCUGGUUACCGGACAUGAAGUUGUUGUUAGGGAUGCUAAUAGGUUCCAUCAUUUUAAAUCAGGGGUAUGUUCUUGUGGCGAUUAUUGGUAAUAUAUUGUUUAUUGUCAUUAUCUUUUUUUUUCGGGUUUUACACGAGUUCACAAACACUAAGUUUUAUGGUGUACAUCCACUCUUGAAUUCUAACGCUCAUUGUAAAAUAAUGCAAGUGUAUUUGUUUCACUUAAA